AUGCGUCGUCUAUUUCACCCGAGGCGGCUGACUAGGGCGGUGUUUUUGCGGUGUUAUACCGAUGCCCAGACGAUCCGAGAGCCCAACCCGUACGAACAGAUCCUGGCCUCCGAUAAUCAAGAGUACAUGGAGAACCUUCUAACGCAAUACGAGAAGGAUCGCUCGUCGGUGGAUGCGAGCUGGUUUCCGGUCCUGGAGGCGAUUCGCACGGGGAAUUUGGAAUUGCCGGUGGUGACCGCGUUCAGCCGGCCGAUUGACGUCAAGUCGCUGUCGGUGAAGCAGCGGCUGGAUAACAUGCGCCUGGCGUGGAUGAUCAAGGAGUACGAAAGCAAAGGCCACCACGUCGCGCGGGUGGACCCCUUUAACGGGGCCUUUGUCAGCUCGCGCAGCUUAAACGACCUCCACCUCGAUCCCUCCGCCUUCGGCUUCACCGAGGCCGACCUCGAGAAAGUCUUUCUCGUCACCUUCGGCAGCAAUCAUAAGGCGACCUUCGUCAGCGGCGGCACCGGCAUGACGCUCAGCCAGAUCGUCCAGGAGCUCCAAAAGAUGUACUGCGGGACGAUCGGCUUCGACUUCGCCUUCUCCGGGCCGGACGCCCUUUGCCAGUGGUUUCGCAAUGAGGUCUACAACACCCUAAAGCCGCUCCCGGUGGAGGAAAAGCGGGAGAUCCUCAACGACGUCGUGAAGGCCACGAAGCUGGAGAAGUUUCUGUACACCAAGUACCCCCUGCACAAACGCUUCGGGCUGGAGGGCUCCGAGGCGCUGGUGUUGGCCCUCAAAGCCGCGAUCCUCGAGGCCAGCAAUCACGGCGUGGAGCACUGCAUGUUCGGGAUGCCCUGGCGUGGACGGCUUAACGUCCUGGCAAACGUCUGCGGGAAGCCCCUGAAAGAUAUCUUCUACGAGUUCCGCGACGACAUCGCGCCGGAUGGCGAGACGAGCGAUGACCUUUUUCUUAAUUUAGGCUUCAACAAUGCCAUCAAUCUGUCUAACGGAAAGCAGGUCGGAAUUGAGGUGCUGCCGACCUCGGCCCAUGCCGAGGCGGCGACCGCAAUGGUGCUUGGCAAGGCGCAUGCGCGGCAAAUCUACACCAACGAUAUUGCACGAAUCCAUACGAUGCCCAUUCUGAUCCACAAUGAUGGCUCCAUGAGCGGGGAGGGGGUUUGCUAUGAAUUGAUGGGGAUGUGCAACCUCACGAACUAUAAAGUCGGUGGCACAUUUCACAUUGUCAUUAACAACCAAAUCAGUUUCACCACGGACCCGAGGGAUUCUCGUGGGAACUUCUACUGCUCGGAACUCGGAAAGAUGAACCGAACCCCGACCAUGCGCGUGAACGGCGAUGACGUCGAGGCGUGCGUUCGCGCCGCCCGCAUUGCCGUGCGCUUUCGACAGCAAUACCAACGCGAUGUGAUUCUCGAGUUGGUUUGCUAUCGCAGCUACGGCCACGAUGUCGGGGAUAUCCCCGACCUCACCCAUCCCAACAUGUACCGAAUGAUCCAGGAGCACCCGCGCCUGAUUGAGAUUUACUCCAAGAGCCUCAUCGACGAAGGCGUCAUCACCGCGCCGGACUUCAAGGCGAAGGAAAGCGACUGCGAGGAGGCCAUGCAAAAUGCCUUUGAGCGUGCCCUCACCUCGCAAGUCUUCCCGAGGACGAUCCCUCUUUUCCACCCCGAGUCUGAGAACAUCGCGGAGGACCUUCCCUCGGAGGUGGUCAAGGCGGUGGAGACGCUGCUGAACGCCCCGCCACCGGCGGUCAUCACCGGCGAAAACUACGACAUCCUGAAAUCCGUCGGCCUCCACAUCGCGACCAUCCCGAAGGCGAUGAAAAAGCCCCACCCGGUCGUCGAGCGGACUUUUGCCAACCGCAAAAAAGGCAUCGAAAACGGCAAUGCCGUGGAAUGGUGCCAGGCCGAGUUGAUGGCGCUGGGGACGCUAUCGCUGAAGGGCACCCACGUCCGGUUCACCGGCGAGGAUGUCGAGCGAGGAACCUUCACCCAGCGCCACGCCUGCAUCACGGACAUGGAAACGAACGAGAAAUACACCCCGGUUGCCACCAUCUCCCCCAACCAGGCGCUUUUUGUGAUGGGGAAUAGCUCGCUUUCCGAGCUGGGGGUCUGCGGGUUUGAGCUCGGCUACAACAUGGCGAACCCGCGGAAUAUGGUGAUUUGGGAGGCGCAGUUCGGCGACUUCGCGAACGGCGCGCAGGUCGUUAUUGACGACUUCCUCAGCGCGGGGGAGCGGCGGUGGGGGUGGCAGGCGAGCCUUGUGUUGUCCCUCCCGCACGGCUACUCCGGCGCGGGGCCGGAGCACAGCUCCGCCCGCAUCGAGCGCUUUCUCCAGCUCAGCGACGCCUUGGACGUCGUCCCGACCACCUUCCGCAAGCUCCCGAACGACCAGAUGCUCGAGGCCCGCAUUCGCAAUCGGAAUUGGCAGGUUUGCUACCCCAGCACCCCGGCGAGUUAUUUCCACCUGCUCCGCCGGCAGGGCCUGCGGGACUUCGCCAAGCCGCUGGUCAUCUUCUUCUCCAAGGCCCGCCUCCGCGCGCCGAACCUCUCACGGCUGGAGGAGUUCGCGGGGGAGACGUCGUUCCGCGCGGUCCUCGACACCGGGGCCCCCCGGGGGCGGGGGAGGGGGCGCGCCGACGGCGAAGCCGCGCCGGCUGCUCUUUUGCACCGGCCAAAUCGAAAGUAUCGUCGCCGAGGCUCGCGCCGUCGUGCAGGCCAAGACGCCGAACCAACACGACGAUUUGAUCCUCAUCACGCUCGAGCAGCUCGCGCCCUUCCCCUGGGAGCAGGUCGCGGAUGUGAUCGAGAAGUACACCGCGCUGAACCCCGAGGUGGAGUUGGUGUGGCUGCAGGAGGAGCCGAAGAAUAUGGGCAUGUGGUCUUUUAUGCGGCCGCGGAUGAAUUCCCUCAUGCGGCACCUCGGCGUCCGCCAGCAGCGGAUUCGGUACAUCGGCCGCAGGAGCUCCGCCUCCCCGUCCACCGGCUACGGCUCCGUCCACGUCGAGGAGGAGCGCCAGAUCGUUCAGGAAUGUUUCGCCUAGAAACGAACCUGGAAAGACAAGGAUUCUAUCGCAUUUAA